CCCACUCACUCCUCCCUGCAUCCCCCACCCGAACCGAAUUCCCGCAAGAGCACGAGGCAUCGCGGCGGCGGCGGCGGCGGCGGCGGCAUCUCCGUCGAUCUCCGGCGAACACUUGUGCGCAGUCGAUAGGGGUUCAUCCUGUCCUGUCCGGGGUGAGGCGGGGCGCCGGUGAACCACGAGGCCGACGACGGUCCUCCAUCUACACCUCUGCCGUCGCCGGCGAGCUUCGCGAUGGGAUACAACCGGAGACGCGGCCGUGGAUCCUCCUCCUCCUCGUCGUCGCGCCGCACCAAGCAGGAAGCCGCGUGGGAUGAUGGUCCCGGGACAUCACUUCCAAGGCAGGAAGACACUGAAGAAGAACCAAAAGGUCCAAAAAUUCAGCUUGCUAUGUGGGACUUUGGCCAAUGUGAUGUUAAAAGAUGCACUGGUCGUAAGCUUUCAAGAUUUGGGCUAUUAAAGGAGUUGCGAGUGACCAAUGGUUUUGGUGGUGUUGUUCUCAGCCCUGUUGGAACACAGUGUGUUUCCAAGGAAGAUCGUCAUAUCGUGCAAAGAAAAGGACUUGCUGUUGUUGAUUGUUCGUGGGCGCGAUUAAGUGAUGUCCCUUUUGUGAAACUCCGUUGUGGCGCUCCUCGUCUCUUGCCAUGGUUGGUUGCGGCAAACCCUGUCAAUUAUGGUCGUCCAUGUGAAUUGUCUUGUGUGGAAGCUUUAUCAGCAGCCCUCAUAAUAUGUGGGGAGGAAGAGACAGCGCAUCUGUUGCUUGGGAAAUUCAAGUGGGGUCACUCGUUCUUGUCAGUUAACAGAGAGCUGCUCAAAGCAUACUCGCAGUGUGAAAAUGGCACCGAGAUAAUCAAUGUGCAGAAUUCUUGGUUGUCAAGUAACUCUAAUGUUCCAAAGUCACCUGUAAACGCGGCAGAGAAAUCACACCAAAGCACAGAGGAAGGAUCUGACGCUGACUCCGACGAUGGCUUGCCACCUCUAGAGGAAAACCUGAACCACCUGAACUUUAACCAAGAUGACGAAAGUGAGGAGGAAAGUGAAAGUGAUGAGUAACAAAUGGCGUCAGAAGGGAACAUUUGGAGCUGUCCAGCACUUUUAAAUGUGUACUUGAGUAAGUUAAUUUUUGGCUAAGUGCUGUGAUUCGAGCCAAAAUAGGAUCUUCCGAUGUCCAAUGAAAACAAUCUUCAAUGGUCUUGAGGACAGAUCAUGGCUCAGAAAGAAUCACAGUACCCUUAUUGCGUUGCGCUUGCUAAAAUCAUUUGAGUUUCUCUGUUCCAAUCUUAAGUACAGACAUGAACAAAACGAAAUUGCAAUGGACAGCAGCUGGUUUAGUCAUUGCAAUGGACAGGUUAGAUACCUGAAAUCACUUUGUAUUAUUCCAAAUUGAGCUAUGAUCUUACAUGUAUUUUUGAUUGAUACAUAACACCUGCAUUACUUUUGACUUCA